AUGCGGCUAUUGACAUGGGGUAGCGAGAACGAACUCGUCUUGACUGAUCAUCGGAAUGAGAACAUCCCUCCGUACGCGAUCCUCUCCCAUACCUGGGGCCUAGAACAUGAUGAAGUUACCUUCGGCGACAUACAGAACCGUGAAGGUCGGAGCAAGUCGGGUUACGCCAAGAUUCUUUUUUGUGGCGAGCAAGCAAGAAAGGAAAAGAUUAAGCAUUUCUGGGUGGAUACAUGUUGUAUAGACAAAACCACCAUUGAACUGUCCGAAGCGAUUACAAGUAUGUUUCGCUGGUACCAACAGGCGACCAAGUGCUAUGUCUACCUUUCGGAUGUAACAGUCCCGGAGAGCGGCAAGAUUGGCAAUGAGCAGAGCACAUGGGAGCUCGACUUCCGGAACAGUCGAUGGUUUACACGAGGAUGGACGCUGCAAGAGCUUCUAGCUCCUGCUAACGUCGAAUUCUUCUCGCAGGAAGGAGAAUUCUUAGGUACGAAGCAGACGCUGGCGCACCAGAUCCACGAGGUCACAACCAUUCCUCUCGCUGCCUUGUGUGGCACAUCUCUCGAUCAAUUCCCAGUUGUCGAAAAAAUUCGCUGGACAGAAGGGCGCGAGACGACGAAGAGAGAGGACGGUGCGUAUUGUCUUCUGGGAAUCUUCGGCGUCUAUAUGUCCCUUAACUAUGGUGAGGGCGAUAACGCGUUUAGUCGACUCAGGAGGAAGAUCGACAAACGACAUGGUAGCAAUGUCGCUGCCCGCCUUGAUGCUGUUGAGAAGGUCUGGUCAUCAGGACCGUGCGAUAGCCCCGCGCCGUGCAAUAAUAUUGCCGACCUCCUUGGACGAGCAUCCGACUCUGAUCAACGACCACAAACAGGGCAACCAAGCAUGCUGAGGCCUGCAAAACGAGCCAGAACGUCGUACAAUACGAACUUCUUCGGCUCCAGUGAUACUCUCCCGCAUGAAAACACAGUUGUAUCACACAGAGCGAGCACGAGUAGUCACACACAGCACUCAGAGCAGAGUUCUCGAGACGUCUCAAGGAUUAUGAGCGAAGAUAAGUACAAUUCCCUCCUUAAAUCCCUUCUGUUCGAGCGUAUCGACUUUCGUGUCAACAACGUCAGGAAAGCGCUGUUGUCAACCUGCCAGUGGCUCUUCCACCAUCCCCAUUUCCAGACAUGGUAUGAGGGUGACUCCUCGGCUCAGCACAGUGGCUUUCUAUGGAUUAAGGGUAAACCUGGGUGCGGCAAGUCGACACUCAUGAAGGUUCUUCUCGAAUGGGCUCGUAAGCGAAAGAGCAAGGAUCGUGGUCGGCAAAGUGUCGUUCCUUACUUUUUUAACGCGCGUGCUUCGGCUUCUCUUGAGAAGUCAAGCUUGGGUCUGUACCGCACAGUCGUGCAUCACCUUCUCUCUUCAUGUCCAAAGCUCGGCAUUUUAUUUGCGGAAAAAUUCGCUUUCAAAGACCCAGGCCAACUGGGAGAGCAAUGGUCGGUGGAAGAAUUACAAGAAUUUCUUAUGGAUGCUGUUGAGUCGAACGAGUCAUUCGGACUGUGUCUGCUAAUCGACGCGCUCGACGAGGCCGAGUACGAGGAUGAUGUGCGAGAUAUGAUACGCUUUCUGAUACAGCUUUCCGAUCGCGCAUCGGCCUCCGACAGCUCUUGCAAACUGCGUAUCUGCCUUUCCAGUCGUCACUAUCCCCACAUCAACAUCACUAAAGGACUGUCCUUGGUCGUCGAAGAUCAACUUGAGCAUGGCCAGGAUAUCAAUUAUUACAUCACUAAGGAACUGACGUGCAAUGAUGGCGAUGAAAAGGACGAGCUUCGAGUCGAGAUACUCAACAAAUCAGCUGGCAUCUUUCUUUGGGUCGUCCUUGUCGUAAAGAUAUUAAACACACUUGAUGACCGUGGAGCAUCUUUGUCGGACAUGAAAACUUGCCUUAAAACGAUUCCAGCAAAUCUUAAAGAGCUAUUUCGAGAGAUCUUGAAGAAAGGUGGCGAUGAGAUCGGAAAAAGCGUGCUUCUCUUUCAAUGGAUGCUUUUUAGCCUACGUCCACUUCAACCGGCAGAAUUGAUUGUUGCAAUGCAAUACUCUGAGCCGCUGGAUGACCAACACAGCCCUUUGGCUAUGGAUAUCUCGAUCCCCGAUCCCGAGCGGCUAGCCAGAUCGAUCCUCAACCAUUCACGCGGUCUUGUUGAAGUCAUCCAAGAUGGCCCGUCACAAACGGUAACGGUUCAGUUUAUACACGAGACCGUUCGCGAAUUCCUACUUAAAGAGAAUGGUCUGGCAUCGAUAUCCCAAGCUCUGGCCGCGAAUGUUGAGGGUACCAGCCAUCAAGUUCUGCGGAUUGCAUGUCAUCGCCGUAUAUCAACAACUGAUAUACCGAAGGAAUUCGAACAUUAUUGUGAGGCCAGUCACAGGACUAAUGCCUCCCUGGAUAUCUUCAAAUCUACCAUGCGUCUAAAAUGGCCCUUUCUCGACUAUGCGAUUGCAUAUCUUCUGGAGCACGCUGAACAAGCGCAGAAACGCGAUAUUUCUCAGCAGGAUUUCCUGAAAAGUCAAAUUGGUGCGAAUGGUCUCUGGUUGGACCACUACAGACUCUGGUGGAACGCCCUCGAGCGGUACAAGACCAAGAAGGUCAAGCCUAAUGUGACUUUGAUAUACUUUGUUGCCGAACGAAAAUAUUCACACUUGCUUACAGCUUUGCUUAAUUUGUCAGACGCUAUUAACACACCUUGUGGAAGAUAUGGGUCUGCCUUACAGAUAUCAUCAUACUAUGGCUCUCAAGAGAUGGUGAAGAUACUGCUAGAUAAAGGCGCCGACGUCAACACACAAGGAGGCGAGUUUGGCAAUGCACUACAAGCGGCAUUAGAGAAUGGCCACGAGAAGGUGGUGCAGAUACUACUUGACUACAGCACCGAUGCCAACGCACAAGGAGGUCGAUAUAACAGCCCACUAUACACGGCAUCGUGUCGUGGCUACACGAAGAUAGUACAGAUACUGCUCGAGAAGGGUGCUGAUAUCAAUGCACAAGGAGGCCUAUACAGCAACGCACUACAGGCGGCAUCAGCGUGUAAUCAUGAGAAGAUAGUGCAAAUACUGCUCGAGAAGGGCGCCGAUAUCAAUGCACAAGGAGGCCGCUAUGGCAACGCACUACAGGCGGCAUUAGUGCGUGAUCAUAAGAAGAUAGUGCAGAUACUGCUCGAGAAGGGCGCCGAUAUUAAUGCACAAGGAGGCUACUAUGGCAACGCACUACAGGCGGCAUUAGUGUGUGAUCAUGAGAAGACGGUGCAGAUACUGCUCGAGAAGGGCGCCGAUAUCAAUGCACAAGGAGGCCUAUACAGCAACGCACUACAGGCGGCAUCAGCGUGUAAUCAUGAGAAGAUAGUGCAAAUACUGCUCGAGAAGGGCGCCGAUAUCAAUGCACAAGGAGGCCGCUAUGGCAACGCACUACAGGCGGCAUUAGCGGCAUCAGCGGGUGGUUAUGAGAAGAUAGUGCAGAUACUGCUCGAGAAGGGCGCCAAUAUCAAUGCACAAGGAGGCCUAUACGGCAACGCACUACAGGCGGCAUCAGCGGGUGGUUAUGAGAAGAUGGUGCAGAUACUGCUCGAGAACGGUGCUGAUAUCAAUGCACAAGGAGGCAGGUUUGGCAACGCGCUACAGGCGGCAUCAGCGGGUGGAUAUGAGAAGACGGUGCAGAUAUUGCUCGAGAAGGGUGCUGAUAUCAAUGCACAAGGAGGCCUAUACGGCAACGCGCUACAGGCGGCAGAAGCGCGUGGUCAUGAGCAGGUGGUGCAUCUGCUUACUGGAUUCCGUACCCAGUCCUGA